UUACAUGAAUGUCACUGCUGUACCACGUCUAGUCGAACUUCGCAAACAGAAGGUCUUAGCUGUCCUCGACCAAGAACGGAACCGCUUGAACCAAUUCGGCAAGAAGUUGACUGACGUCCAGCACGCCACGUUGCGCGACGUGGAGUUUCACACUGGCUACCAUCAGAAGAUGACCUAUCACGAGCUAGGUCUGGAUGAUCAAAAUCCUAGACCAGACAGCUAUUUGGACGAAAGCUACUUCCUGCAUCCGACAUUCGAGUACAAUCGUACGAAUCUCUUACCAACCCAGGUCGUGC